AUGUCGUAUAAAUUUGUUUAUUUUUUAGUUCUUAAAUUAUUAUGUUUAUUAAUAAUAAAUUCAGAUUAUUUGUUUGUAAAAAAUGAAAAAAUUAACAUUGUGACUAACAAUUCUCCGCUUUUUAUAAAUAACCCAAAUCCUUAUAAUAGGUCCUUAACAUCACAUCAAAAAAAAUGCCAAAAAAAAUAUCAAAAAACAUAUCAAAAAAAAACGGGUGUAAACUAUUCUCAAAAUAAUAGAGAGUUUUCCAGUAUAUGUCUAAAUAAAAAUAAAAUAAAAAAAGAGAGAAAUAAUUUUAUUCUAUUUGGGAAAAAAAAAAACACUAAAAAUGAUGCGAUAGAGGAAGAAAAUGAGUCGAACAAAAAAAAUGAUCUUUUAGUGAAAAGCAAAAAUGAAAAAGAUGAAAACAAAAAAACAGGAAAUAUAACAGAAAAUUUCUUUGAAAAUCAAAAUAAAAAACUAAUCAAAGGGGAAUAUUAUGAUGUUGAAAUAUGUGAACUAUUAUCUAAAAGUUUUUUAUCAUAUGCAAAUUUUUUAAUUCUUAAUAGAUGUUUAUGUGAUUAUCGUGAUGGAUUAAAAACAGUGCAAAGGAGAAUUAUUUGGAGUAUGUAUGAAAUAAAUAAAGGAUAUGAUAAAAAAAGUUAUAAAAAAUGUGCAAGAAUUGUAGGCGAAGUUAUUGGAAAAUAUCACCCGCAUGGUGAUAAAAGUGUUUAUGACGCAUUAAUAAGAUUAGCACAAAAACAUCAUAAUAAUAAUUUGCUAAUAAACGGAUAUGGUAAUUUUGGAUCUGUUGAAUAUAAUGCUGCUGCUAUGCGAUAUACAGAAGCGAGAAUAUCUGAUUUUUGUUAUGAUGUAUUAUUAGAUGAAAUAAAUGAUGAAAAUAUAGAUUAUAUAAAAAAUUUUGAUGGAAAUGAAAAAGAGCCUAAAGUAUUAUGUAGUAAAAUUCCACUUUUAUUAAUUAAUGGCUGUUCAGGUAUUGCUGUUAGUAUAUUAACAAAUAUUCCGAGCCAUAAUAUUGUUGAUGUUAUUAAUGCAUCUAUAAAUUUUUUGAUAAAUGAAAAAAUAACAAAUGAUGAAUUAUUUAAUAUAAUUAAAGGCCCUGAUUUUUCAACGGGGGGAAUAAUAAUAACAAAAAAAGAUACAUUAAGAGAUAUCUAUAAUACUGGAAAAGGUAAUAUAGUAAUAAGAAGUAACAUAUUUUAUGAAUAUGCUCAUAAUAAUAAAACAUAUAUUCAUCAUAUAAAUGAAUUAGGUAAUUUAGAAAAUCUAGAAUGUGAUAAUAAAAGUAGUAAAAAACUUAUUAUAAAAAAUUUACCACCAAAUGUUAAACCAAAUAAAUUAAUUGAAAAUAUUAUUACUGUAUUAAAUGAAAGAAAAAAUGAACAUGAUAAUAUUUUGUCUAAAAUUAGAGAUGAAAGUGAAAAAAAUGAAAUGAGAAUCGUGUUAGAAUUAAGAAAGCAUAGCCAAAUUGAACAGAUACAUAAUUUUGUUUCUUUUCUACUUAAAUAUACAUCAAUGGAAAUUGAUUAUCAUUGUAAUUUUGUGUGUAUUGGUUAUGAAAAUAGUUACACUCAAUUUUCUUUAAAAUCAUUUUUACAGUUAUGGUGUGAAAAUAGAAUAAAAUUUAUUAAAAAAAAUUAUCAAAUUAAAAAUAAUAAUUUACAAAAAGAACUUAAUAUUAUAGACCUAUAUUUAACUAUCCAAAAAAAAAUUCUUGAUAUUAUUUCAUUUUUACAUAAAAACCAAAACAUUGAACAAAUCCAAAAUUAUUUAAAAUCCAAUUUCAAAUUAAAUGAGGACCAAAUUAAAUAUAUAUUAUCUAUGAAAAUACAAAAAUUAAUAAAUAUCAAAAAUAUAAAUUUCGAUAUUCAAAAAAAUAAUAUUAUUAAAAAAAUACAAUCAAAUCAGUAUAUAAUUGACAAUAUUCAAGAAAUUAAACAAAUUAUAAUAAAAGAAUUAGUACAUAUAAAAAAUAAAUAUUCUCUCAAAAAAAAAAUAUUACCGCACCCCCAACUUAAGUAUAAAUAUGCUUAUAUAAAUGGAGGUCUAAACUUGUUUAAUCUACCUCAAAAAAAUGACGAGGAUAAUACAAACAAUAAUGUGAACAAAUUUAUUAUUACUCCAAAAGUGGGAAAAAAAGAAGAUGGCCAAACGGAUGAUGUUGUAAAUGAUAAAAAUAAUAAGAUACUAGAAUUAGGUGAAAAAGAAAAAAAAAAUGAAUUAGAAAAUGAAAAUUACAGGAAUACAUAUAUUGAUUCUAUAGACACAACAUUUAAAGAUAUAUAUAACAAUGAUGAUGUAUUAAUUUUAAUAACUUAUGGGGGAUAUAUAAAAAAAAUAAAGAUAAAUGAUAAACUGAAAAAUAAUGUAAAUAAUAUCAUGAAGCUUUCUAAUGCUAAAUAUAUUUUAAAAGAAAUUGAAGAAACGAAAAAUGCAAAAAAAAGAAAUAAUGAAAAAAUGUUAGAUGAUAUUGCUUCAGAAAAUGAUGAAGAUACAUAUAAAACUAACAAAAAUAAUUUGAACAAUAAUAAUAUUAAUACAUAUAAAAUAAAAAAAGGAAUACUUUGUAAAAACAAAGAUAAAAUAUUAGUUACAGAUAAUCUUAAUAAAGCAUAUAUUUUAAAUGUGUCUGAAAUACAAACCUCAUCAUAUGAUUCUAAAGGAAUUCCAAUAAGUCAAUUAAUAAAAUGCUCAACAAAUAUAACAGGGUUAACUAAAUAUGAACAAGAUAAAAAAUAUUUAAUUGUUUGCAGUGAAAAUGGAAAAAUGAAAAUAAUAAAUAAUGAUGUAUUUUUAAAAAAAAAAAAAAAAGGAAUCAAACUUUUUAAAAAUAAAAAAAAUAUUUUUUUUAACUAUUGCAAUUCUAACGAUAAUUGUAUAGUAGGAACAAAAAAUGGAUAUAUAAUACAAUUCCCUUUGAGCAGUUUAAAAAUUUCAAAAAAAAAUUCGCUAGGAAAUAAAUGCAUGAACAUGAAAAAAGAUGAUAAAGUUGUUGAUUUAGUGUCUUAUGAAAAUAAUUCAGAGAAUCUUAAAAAUCUUAAAAUUAUUUUUCUUUCAAAAAAUGGGCAUGGGAAAAUGAUUGGAGUGGAUGAAAUCAAAGUUCAAAAAAAAAGAGGAAAAGGGUUUAAAAUUAUGAAAUUUAAAAAAGCCAAAAAAAAUAAAAAUAAUUUACCAAACAAAGAUAAUAAAUUGAAUGAUACAAAAAAAUAUAUAUCUGAUAAAAUACAAAUUGAAAAUAAACAAAACAAAUUACAGCCACCAGAACAAGAGUUUGUAGAUGAAAAAAAAAAUAAUAUAAUUGCUAAUUAUGAUCCCGAUGAAUUAUUAGGAUUUAAAUUGUAUGAUACAAGAACAAAAAAAGAAAACGAUUUACUUAUCAUGAUCAGUGAUCAUGCUGUACUUAUAAGAAAAAAUAUAUCUUUAUUGAAACAAAAAAAUAGAAAACAUUCAUCUCAAAUUUAUGCUAAAUUGAGUAAAAUGAAUAAACUCAUGUAUUUUGAUAUUUUAUAA